AUUGACAUAGAUGAUAAAUUUAUUUGCCAGUUUCUUUAUCAAGUAGUGACAGAAAAACAAUAGUAAAAAUGUAUAAAAUAUUUUUGAUAAUUUACUAUUUAAUUGUUACAUCAAUGUUAACAAAAAUUAAUGGAGAAGAAAUUGAAACAAAGUGUACUAAAGAAUACUGCAAUAAAUAUAUAAAAGAAAAUAAAUGUCCAGAGAUAAGUGAAGAGUGUCAAGUGAUGAAUGCAACACACAAUGGUGUUUGGCUACGUUAUCCAGAUGUUUGCAAUUGUUGUAAUUAUUGUCUAACAAAUAUUAAAGCUGGUGGAAAUUGUAUCCAGGGUCUUUUUGAUUUAAAUCAGCCAACUGAAAUAUGUGGGCCUGGUUUAGAAUGUACAAUGAAUGAUAAUCUAACUGCAACAUGUCAAAAAAUUAAAACACCAUGUACUGAAGCUCAAGAUGAUUGGGAUAAACGAAGAGCUGAUGGAACUUUAGGAAUGCUGGAAAUUCGUCCAAAGUGUGAUGAAGAUGGCUUGUAUUCUUCAUUUCAUUGUAUUCCUGGAUCAAUAUGUUACUGUGUAGCACCAAAUGGUCAAAGAAUUUUUGGUGAAAUUAUUUUUUUUGAUUCAUGGGAUCAACAAAAAAUGUCUUGUGGAUGUUCAUUGAACGAUUGGAAAGCUCGUGCAGUAUUAAAUCCAGAUAGUGUAGUAAAUAAUAUAAAUCCUUCACUAAGUGCUAGAUGUAAUGCAUAUGGAGAGUUUGAUUCUCUUCAAUGUUUUGCUGGUAGUUUAGGUAAUUGUACUUGUGUUGAUCCUGUAACUGGUCAUCCAAUUGAUUCAUCCAAUCUUGUGUCUCUUCCAAAUAUUAAACAAGGCAAUCCCAAGUGUUUUAAUAGUGCAAUACAUAAAACUGGAGUCUAUACAACAGAAUGUGAAACAAUGAAAAUAUCAUAUUUUAAUAAUGAAACAACUCUCUAUGAAAAACCAGCUUGUCAACCUGAUGGAAUGUUUGAUCGUGUUCAACAAAUUGAUACCAGAUUAAUUUGUGUUGAUCCAUCAGGACAAGAAAUUAUUUACAAUGGAAUAUCUUAUUUUGCUGAUGUUGAUUCAGAUGAAUCAAAAAUAAUCAACUGCAAUUGUGCAAAAACUUUGUGGCUAUUGUCAUCAGCAGGAGUCAAUGAAUUACCACAAUGUAAUUCAUUUGGCAAUUUUAAAUCAUGGCAAUGUCGUAGAAAUGAGUGUUACUGUGUUGAUACUAAUGGUAAUCAGUGUGGAUCAGAGAAAAUAUCUAUCAAUUAUGUUGAUAAACUCACAUGUUAUACCAAAGAAUCAGCUGAAUGUUUAACAAAAAAUUAAUUGGCCUCUUCAGGGUUGACAAACAUCUAUGUAGAAAAUAUUUAUACAAAUUUUUUUUAGAGAUUACUAUGCUGUAACUUGGUACAUCUCUCUCUGUAAAACAUAAAAAUACAUAGUAAUAAUGUGGAAAUAUUGUUUUUCUAGAAAUGUAGUUUUGUUUUCAAAUAGUUUUUCUAUUUUUUUUCUAUUUUAAUCGAAAUCUUCACUUACCAACUGUCAGUGUACUUGUUAAAUAUAUUAAAAAAUAUAGAUUGUUUUGUUUCAAAUAAUAUAUGUUGAAUAAACAUUUCUUUGCAAUAU